CACAGAUCUGAUCCACUCCCCCCACCUUCCCCUCGUCCUUGGCCUGGUGAUGAGCAACUCCAUGGCUCUCAUGGCCGUCGCAUCGCUGCUGCUACUGCUGAUAUCGCUUGCGGCGGCGGACAUCCACAUACCGCACAGGGAGAGGAGCGAGGAGGAGACGCGGCGGAUCUUCGUGGAGUGGAAGGCCAAGUACGGGAGGAGCUACGACUCCACCGGCGAGGAGGAGCGCCGGUACGCGACGUUCAAGGACAACCUGCUGCGGAACAUCGAUCAACCUGCUGCGGAACAUCGAUCAGCUGCGGAACAUUUCAUGUUGUAAAUUGCAUGCAUAGUCCUGCGACUAGUAUAUUUCUGUUGGAUGUAAAUCCUCGAUUGACUCAGAUUUAUUUGUAGAUUUUUAUUGGUCAUCUGGAAUAGGUUGUCAUGUG